AUGUACGACGGGGUUCUCAGACUGCCAUUACCCCCUGGCUGCGAGGUAGUGGGGUUCGCUGAUGACAAUGCACUGGUCACGGUGGAGAAGCACCUUACCGAAGGAGUGCUCAUAAGCAUCAGAAAAAUAGUAAAGAAGGUGAGCUUCAGGGUCGGCUCGACUAUCAUCGAGUCCACCCCGGUGAUCAAGUACCUGGGAGUCAUGAACGACCACAGGCUGAACUUCAAGACCCACCUGGAAAACGCAGCGGCCAAGGCAUCCAAACCUACUGCUGCCAUCUCGAGGAUGAUGGCCAACAACCGCGGCCCCAAGCAGCAUAGCAAGCGACUGAUAGCGACAGUGGUGACCUCGACCAUCCUGUAUGCCGCGCCAAUAUGGGCUGAAGCCAUGCAGAGAUAG